AUGAAUGACGAUAAACGGAUAGUGAUUACUAGUGAUAAUCAUAAUAAUAAUAUUGGGAGAUCAAUAUCAUUUGACAAUAUUUCUUCAUUGAAUAAUAACCGUUCCUCAAACCAAAUAUUUCUAGAUGAUACAAGGGCAGAUAUUAGUAGAAGAUUAGUAAAUAGACAACAAAUUGAAGCUCGAUUUACUUCACAAAAAUUGUCAUAUUCUAAUGGAAAUGUUCAAGACAUAAUAGAUCCCCCGGAUAAGAAUCACUUAUUAUUAGGUUUGGAUGUAAAAAUAAGAAAUAAAUUAAACUCAAUGGAUAUUAAUAAAAACAAUAGCACUGAUAAAAAUGAGAGACUGAUAUCGCAUAAAAUAGAAUCACCUACAGAAAACCCUCAGUUCCAGUCUUUAUUAGAUAACGAUAUGUCACAAAAUAAUAAUGAAGUGAAAGGAUUUUCUGAAUCUCAGUUGGAAGACGAAUUAUUUGAUGAAGAAAAUUUUACAAAUGUUGAUGAAAUAGAUGGACCAAUUGCUGGUCAAAUUUUACCUCCUCUGCAAAAGAGUGACAAGUCAAAACUGAAAGAGCCUGUAGGACUAACUGAUGCUACUAAAGACCAUGAUUUUAACAUGCCUAUUGACUCAGGUUUACAAGAAAGUUUAGAAAGAAGAGCUUCUGAAAUAGGGUCCUCUACCAUAGAUUCUAUGGCUGAACCUAUACCCAAGAUCGAAGUUAACUAUUUGGGCUCAUACAAUUUAGAAGAGGAAUUGCCAAUGUGGUUUUCAUUAUCUGAUUACACAUACCUACCGCAAACUAAAUCACAAUUCAAGCAAAAAAACAUCGACAAAACUUUAUUUAUGAGAGAUGUUGAUUAUGCACGUUUACAAAUAAAAGUUUUAGUUAAUGGUCUCUCAACAAACCUCCAAACAUGCAUAAUGGCAUUGUUAUUUAUAUGCCUAGGGAUUGACAAAUCAAAUAGUACCACAAAAGAACAAGUAUUGUCUAUAAAACGUAAUAUUUUUUUACUUUUGGAGGAUGAAAAUAACCUUAUAACUAUAGUGAAACGCUUUUACGAUAUAUCUAACAAUUGCAGAGAUAAGACAAGUAACUUAAAUCUUCAAACAACGCUAUUCUUUUAUACAAUGACUAUAAUAUUUUUAAUUGCCACCGUUUGCAUAGAGGAAAGGUUUAAUGAGGCUAGAAAACCCAUCAUUGAUAACACGAUAAAUAUUUUCGAAGAUAUGAAAUUACUAUUAUAUUUAGUGAAGUACAUCGAACAUUGGCGGUGGAAUAGUAGACUAUCAAUGAAGAUUAGAAACAUAAUAAAUCUUCUUUCUAAAGUAAUCAUUUUGCAGUUUGGCGAUGAUGCUGUUUUCAAAAAAACUAAGAGAGAGAUAUAUAAACUUCACAAAGUGACAUUUUAUGAAGAUGAAGAAGAAAAUAUAACCGAAUCAGCCAACUGCAUAAAAUCUAAAUUAGGUAUAUCGCCUUUAAGUUAUGAAGCGUUUAGAGAAGAUAUAAUAUCUAGAUAUCCCGAUUUGGUUAUACCAAAUGACAAGUUGCCAAAUAGUAUAGACAACUCAAAUUCGCUUUCUCAAUUUAUUGAAAUCCCAAGGUCGAAAAUACGAAAUUCCAUGAACCAAUUACUAUCAAUGCCAAAUCAACAUCUGGCUACACCUGCUCCGUCACCACCAGGAUCUCCGACUUUAUCACCUAUAUCACCACUUCAGAAACAAAGAAGGUCAUUUCAAACUAAUAUGUCCUUCCCUUGUUUAUAUCCAUCUGACGACGAGAGUGGUACAGAUGAUUUGACCAAAAGGUUAUCUUUCAUGGGAGAUUUCAAUGUUAAUGAUAAUACCAGUUCUGACAUUACUAUCCCAUACAGUAUAUCAGAAGCUACCCAAAUAUUAAAUGAGAGUCUCAGGGUAGGUUUAUGUAACAAACAAUUAUGGUAUGAGCGAGAUCUUUUCAUGAUGAAGGAAAGAGGAUGGAAGUCCAAAAUUGACGACAAUCCUUAUGAUUAUAUUACAAUGAAAAAUUCUAAUAAUAUUGAAGGUGUUGAUAUCAUGAAAAGAGUAGAAAACUUUUAUAAAGAUUGCUUCCCGAGUUUAAAUUCAUUAAUUUUUGUUUUAAUUCAGAUUAUGGAAUCAAAUGUUAAUAAUCUAUGUUAUAAUGAAGUUGAUGUCAGGGACAAAAUCCCACUAGAUGUUCUAAUUCCUAAGUUGGAAGUAACUAGAGCAAAGGAAAUAGCACUUAGAUCAUCCACUGGAAUUAUUUACGAUCUACUAAAAUGGUUUAAAUUGAAUCAUGUUUUAAAGUACGAACACUUAUGUGUGUUGUUAUAUGAUUCUCAAUAUAUCAAUACGUCUACCUUAGUUCUUAACAAUUAUUCUGAAAUUUAUGUUGAUAGACUAUUCAAGAAAACUGCAUCCUCAAAUCAUUCUAUUUGGAUAGAAUUACAAGCAUUGGCAGGAAACUUAUCUACGACUACAGAAAAAGCAACUUAUAACUUUGAUCCCAUGAUCUUAUCCAGUUUCACGUAUAUGUUCAACACUUUAAGCCAUAUUACUAGAGAUAAGACACAGAGAUUAAAAGAUUUGCCAUUAUCAAUAGGUAUUCUCUUCAAAAGAUAUUAUCGCGUAUUUAACCUUCCAAUGUAUCAUGCAAUCCUAAAAAUCGUGAAAGAAUUAACACCAUUUAAAAACAAAAGAUGGAAGGCAGAACAUAUGGAUUUAAUUUCAGGUGUCUAUCUAUAUGAACGCUUGGAAUUAACUGAGAAUUGGGUAACAGGCAAAGAUAUAUCAAACGAAUUAAGCGAUGCUUGUGGACAAGAGCUAGCGCUAAGGGCAUUACUUCAAUUUUAUAAUUUUUUUCAUUAUAAAGCUUCAAUGCUUGACUUAGGCUAUACAACAAGAACUAACGCUAAUCAAACUCUUUUGAACAAUGAAUCGGAAAAUAUUAACAGUUUAUAA